AUGGAUAUUGGAUAUUGGAUCUUGCUAGCUGUCAUCCUUACUUUAUGUUACACACUGUGUGGAAAGGAUAGGGAAAAUCUCCCUCCUGAGGACCAGAAAGAGAAUAAAAGAGUAGGUAGUUGGGAAACCAAUGACCUUCUGUUUCCAAUUUGUACCUACAGGUGUUUUAUUCUUCCAAAUGACACUAUUCACUGUGAAAGGGAGCUGUACCAAUCUGCCAGAGCCUGGAAGGACCACAAGGCUUACAUUGAUAAGGAGAUUGAAGCUCUCCAGGACAAAAUCAAGAAUUUGAGGGAAGUUAGAGGGCACCUAAAAAGAAGAAAACCAGAUGAAUGUGAUUGUACUAAACAGAGCUACUACAACAAAGAGAAAGGUGUAAAGGCUCAAGAGAAAAUCAAGAGCCAUCUUCAUCCCUUCAAAGAAGCAGCACAGGAAGUAGACAGCAAACUGCAGCUAUUCAAAGAGAAUCGCAGAAGGAAGAAGGAAAGGAAGGGGAAAAAGCGCCAGAAGAAAGGGGAUGAGUGUAGCCUUCCUGGACUGACGUGUUUUACCCAUGACAACAACCACUGGCAAACUGCUCCUUUCUGGAACUUGGGAUCUUUCUGUGCUUGCACAAGCUCAAAUAACAACACUUACUGGUGUUUGCGAACAGUGAAUGACACCCACAAUUUUCUCUUUUGUGAGUUUGCAACUGGCUUCUUGGAAUAUUUUGAUAUGAACACUGAUCCCUAUCAGCUGACGAACACCGUACAUACAGUGGAAAGAGGCAUUUUAAAUCAAUUACAUGUACAGUUAAUGGAAUUGCGAAGUUGUCAAGGUUAUAAGCAGUGCAAUCCGAGGCCUAAGGGACUUGAAACAGAGGACAAUUAUGGGAUGGAUGGGAAGGCUAACCUGCCCAAUUUCACUGGUGACAUCAACUGGCAAGGACUGGAAGACCUGUACAGAGUGAAUGAAAGUAUAUAUGAACACAGAUACAACUAUAGACUUAGUCUGGCUGACUGGACUAAUUACUUGAAGGAUGUAGAUAGAAUGUUUGCACUGCUGAACAGUUACUACCAGCAAAAUAAAACAGACAAGGCUAACACUGCUCAAAGCAACAGGGAUGGAGACGAAUCAUCUACAUCAACUUCAGUGGAAAUGUCUUCUGCAGAAGAGGCGAGCGGCCUGACUGGAGAAGAACUGGAGCUUAUUGUGCCAACAGACUUUGCAUCCCUAGCUUUGAGUACCAUGAAUUUAAGUCAGGAGAGAAAACUUGAAUUAAACAACGAUAUUCCUGAAAAAAGUAGUUUGAAUGACGCACACUGGAGAAAUAAUCAAGCUGAAAAAUGGAUGGAGGAUAAAGAAUCAGACCGUUUUGAUAUGGAUUUUAGUGGAAAUGGUUUGAUAGAGUUGGAGUCCCGGCAUGGCUUCAUGCUACAACCCAUCAGCAUUCCUCAAAAAGACACUCAUCAGGACACUGAUGCUAUGAGAGACAUAUUUGGAGAUCAAAUGUAUCUUCCCGUGAGGUCUGAUCAACCUGUUGUUCAUCAGGCUGUAAAUGUAUCCAUUAGGGAUUCAUCCAUCAGUACCCAGAAAACAGGAACGUUUUUGAAAGAAACAGAACAGAGUCUUAGAGAGGAAACUUCACAAGUCCUAAACAUAGAAGGCAGUGCCUCAUCUCCAAUCUCCUUGGGUUAGAUCAAGUUGCAAAUCAUUAAAUACAUUCUCCUUUUCAUUAUUAGCAGACUAAUAAAGGUCAUCAUGACAACUGACAUUCCAUGUUCGCUGUAGAUAAAAUUUGCAGCUAAAUUAAGACCAGUUCAGUAUUUGUCUGUGUGUGUUUUAUUCACACGUACAUAUACAUACUUUCACAGUGAUUCUCCACACUGGAAAGCAAGAUUUCCAGCUUUUUAAUGGAAAGAAACAGUGUUAACUUUCUAAUGCAGUAGCACAUUCUCUGUAAGCUAAAAUAAUUUCUUUGACGAGAAUGUUCAAGUGACUUUCUCCAUUUCCAAAUGAUCCCACCAUGAAUGAAUGUUUCAGUCCACUCGAUCUGUCUGCAUAAUGUAUUUUUGAUAAAUUAUUUUAACCACUGGAAAUUCCUAAUGCCACACUUUUAACUAAAAUGAUGUUGCACUUUUAAAAUCUGUAUGCCAUACCAUUUAUGAAUCUAAUAGCUUACCUGUUCUUAGUUUGUUCGUUGAUUAAUGUAAUUGUGAAACCAAUAAAUAGAUUGACAGGAAAGAGGUAAUCAGCAUGGAUUGUGGAAACAGACUGUUUGAAUAUCAUUUUAGCAAAAAUAUUGCAUGUUUUUGUUACUUCGAUUUAAUUAAAUUUACUCUCAGAAAGGUAUGGCUAAUAAUUGUUAACUAUAGGAGGAUUUGUUUAAAUUGGAUUGUUUCCCUAUAUAUGAUAUUGUCAGUAUUAAAAAUACAUGAGGUUUUUUUUGACUUUUCUUUUUAUCUGAUACUGGUAGAAGGGUUUACAUCAAUUCAUAUA